GUUGCGCACCCUCUUCACAAACACGUAGUUUGCAGAUCAGAUUCUGAUAGCCAAAUAUGGAGACGAAAAGAGCGCAGGAGAACAAGAGCAGUAGGGAAUUUUUGAAAUAAGAUAGUGUGUUAAUGCAUGGGGAAAGUGAGGUCGAAAGAGAGAGAGAGAAAUUAAGCUAUUUUCUUCUGCCCUUGAGCGCGUAGGACAAAACUGAUAUCGUAAAAAGUAGGGGAACAUGAAUAGACGCAGUGCCAUUCCUGAAAAAGUAUUGAAAUAUGAUAUAUUUAGAAGAAGUCAUCUAUUUCGCGUACGGGAUGUAGUCGGUAUCAUCCUAACAACGCACUGCUUUCCUCAAAAGUGUCAAACAGAAGAGAAACAAACAGAAGGGGAGAGCAUCUCAUCUAAUCCUCUUACUGAAGGGAAUACAGUUAAAUACAGUGACGUUAAGCUUAUUUUUAACGACGAAACAAGGUGCGACGGCAGGCUUCAGAAUGCUGACAACACUUUUGCAAAGGGAUGCACCCAUGGCAGAAUAUAAACAUGCCUACGCUCUCGGAGCAAUUUGCCAAAGAUGGAGCCUGUAAACCCAUCAUUUGAAUGACAUUAAACUCAACAAAAUCUCAUCAAGAGGGAGCUUCUGAGUGGACCGCGGGAAUAUUCUAAAUGGUAUAGGACACUCAUGGACAUGCGACUGCUUUUAGUGUGACUUGCCUGGAGUGCCAAAGGUGUUUGAUCUGAGCAAGAUUUGCAUGUCACCAAUAUCAAACACAACAGGCUCCUUUUACCGUGCAACUAACUAUACUUUAAAGGAAUGCUUUCAUUGAUGUAAUUUCAAUUUAGGACAACACAUAUUUCGAAACUGAAGUACAUGUAGCUUAUUUGGGAAGGCAUAGGCCUAGAUUUGUAUAGACAUCCAGCAGAGUUAGGUCGUAUCCUACAAGCGGCAGGUGUCUCAACAUGAAAACCUCAAAACCGAUUCGAAGUUGAUCCUCUCUGUGUGUGGACCGACGGUGGCACAUCUUGCCUCCCUCCGGACACUCGGUCUUGGACCAUGGAUGUGGUCUCUACGAGUGCCAUGUUCUCACAGGUGGUCUUUCUUCUGCACUUUGUGACUUUGACACUUGGCCAGUAUGACAUAUGCAAGAGCCUGGUUAGUAUGGAUAAUGGACAAACAUGGGAGUUUUACGCAUGCCAGCCCAAACCCACGGCUAUGAAAGAGUUCAUGCAAAUUACGGUGGAUCCCCCCGGCAUCACUUGCGGCAAUCCCCCGGAGAGGUUCUGUACUCUGGAGAACCCGUACCUGUGUAGUGACGAAUGUGACGCCUCCAACCCGGACCUGGCUCACCCUCCCCAGCUGAUGCAGGACCGUGAGAGCAGCGGCCUCAUCACCUACUGGCAGACGGUGACGUGGAGCCGCUACCCGGAGCCCCUGCUGGCCAACAUCUCCCUGGCCUGGAACAAGAGCUUGGAGCUAACCGAUGACAUCCAGGUCACUUUCGAGUAUGGCCGCCCCACCGUCAUGGUGCUGGACAAGUCCCUGGACAAAGGGCGCACCUGGCAGCCCUACCAGUUCUACGCCGACGACUGCAUGGACGCCUUCGACAUGCCCGCCAAGCGGGUGCAGGACCUGUCGGCGACAAACGUGACUCGGGUCAUCUGUACCGAGCAGUACUCUCGCUGGGUGGGCUCCAAGAACGAGAAGGUGCUGCGCUUCGAGGUGAUGGCGCGCUUUGCUAUCUUCGCAGGGCCCAAGCUGCUCAAUAUGGACAGCCUGUACACACGCAUGGAGAGUAUGAAGGGCCUGAGGGACUUCUUCACCUUCACCAACCUGAGACUGAGGCUGCUGAAGCCGGCCUUGGGGGGAACCUACGUCCAGAGAGACAACCUUCUCAAAUACUUCUACGCCAUAUCCAACAUAGAUGUACCAGCCAGGUGUAAGUGUAACCUCCAUGCUGGCCAGUGCACCUUUCGGGACGGCAGCCUGCAGUGUGACUGUGAGCACAAUACGACAGGCCAGGACUGCACUCGCUGUGAGAGGGGCUUCAAAGCCAAGUCAUGGAAACCUGGAUCCUACCUACCCACCCCCAACGGAUCCCCCAAUACCUGUACGAUGCACCUGAGCUCAAUUUCGAACUGUGAGUGCUAUGGCCACUCGAACCGCUGCAGUUAUAUUGACUUUAUCAACAUCGUGACUUGUGUCAGCUGCAAACACAACACUAGGGGGCAGAACUGUCAGCACUGUCGACUGGGAUACUUCCGGAAUAUCUCUGCUGAGCUGGACGAUGACAACGUUUGUAUAGAGUGUAAUUGUAAUCAGCUGGGAUCCUUCCAUGCUCGCUGCAACGACACAGGGUUCUGCCAGUGUAGAGAUGGCUCCAUUGGGCCGAAGUGUGAGGACUGCCUGCCUGGAUACAGCUGGAGACAAGGUUGCUCCCCCAACGUCUGCGAUGAUGAGUUCCUGCUGUGCCAGAAUGGAGGCACCUGCUUCCAGAACCAGAAGUGUCUGUGUCUGCCAGAGUACAAGGGGGUGCUGUGUGAGCAGCUGCUCUGCGAGGGAGAGAGGGGCUGUAGCGGUGCCUCUGCCUCCUACGUCAGCCUGGCCGCCAUGCUGAGCUGCCUUCUAGCCAACGCCCUGCUUAGAAUAGUCACUGCUUGCUGAGCCACAACCAGGACAGCUGGAGCACACCUGGUUGUAGUAUUGGGACCCUCCACCCGCCGCGCUAACCUCAGUCUCACGGUGCUGUUGCAUUCUGAAACAUUGUUUGCGGGCGCCAAGCCUCUCGUCGCCUCGCCACGAGGAAACAAAGAGAGAGUUCCUCUCUGGCUCUCACUCUGAAAGCCAGUGCUGAAAGAACGUAUACCAAAAAAACAAAAUCACUAUCUAAGAAAAGUUUAAAGAGUGAAGAGUAUUCUUUAUGAAACAGUUUUUUUUCUUCUUGUCGUACAUCUAAGUCUGUUCUCACUGAAAUACUGCACUUAGCCAACUUGUUUUCUGACCCGAGAUGGUUGUAAUCACUGCUGAGGCCUACUAAUGCCAAGUUUCUCUUACUCUCAAAUUCACGUUUCCUUACUUUGCUGCAUAGCCUAUUUGUUUCCUGGCAACCAUCAUUGAACUGAAAAGAGUGGGGAAAUAUGAGUAAAACAUGUUUUAAUCAGAGUUGAUGUUUCAGUGGCUUGUGUUGGAGAAUCAAUUGUUGCAUGGAAAUCAUGAAGCAAAGAGAGGGAGUAUGACCUAUCCAAAUUGAACAAAUCUAUGUAUAUUUCAAAGGAAAUAUAUGACUAUUGUAUAUUAACAUUGUUUGAAUAUUUUUGGUAGAAAUUGUUAUUUUUGUUCUAAGUAAACGUUAUCAUUCUAAAGAAAAUGACCCAUGAUGAGAUUUUUAUUACCGUAAACCUUUCUGAGAACGUGACUGUUAGAAGAUUAGGAUGAUGUUCCUGAUUCCAUUGGAUAAAGACAGUUGAAGGAAUAAAGUGUGAAGGUUUGAAAGUUCAAUAAUUUGACUCCAGGGUUUUAUCGCGACACACACUCUCGCUCUCUCUAACACGUGAAUAUAAUAUUUCCGGAAGAACACUAUUUUCACUAAUCCCUUAUCAAAAGUCUAUAACAAAACAUGUACAGUGCAAGAGCUGCAUUGAUAUAUUAGUUGAUCGUUUUAGCUCACACAACAUGAAACCGUGGCAUUGAUAGUACAUUCUUAUGAUUUUAUACGUAUCCUUAUACUGUGCAUCACAAGCCUGGUAUGUAAGUGAAAUCAGAUCUGGAUAUUCGUCAUGAAAUUCUGUUUUUGAAACUGCAUAUGGAAUGUGAAAGCCCAUAUCCAAAAUGAACAUCAUCCCAGCUCUGGAUUUUAGCAGCCAAUGAUAUUAGAGGACAGAGCUGUAGAGCACAAUAUAGGAUUGAUACACUACACAUCCUCAACAGAAGAAGAGCACCGCAGUUGAAUUAUUUUGUGCUUGUGAUUUUCUAAAAACCCCAUUUUGGUUCUAUAAAAUGUGUAUGAUAGAGAGCCUACUAAUUCAAAUGUAAAUGUUUGCUCAUUAACAGAAACAUGACACGUUAGGUCUCAGUUGUGUAAAGUACUUAAGUAAAAAUUCUUUAAACUGCUACUUAUGUAAUAUGUAAUUUACUUUACUACGACAACUUUUACUGUUACUUCACUACAUUCCUAAAGAAAAUAACGUACUUUUC